ACUCCUUUGCAACUUCGAAGUCCAUAUAUAGCGGCCGAUACCUCCCACAUAUUCACAAUAAGAGAAAACAGAAGCAAAAGACAGGGCAUUUUGGUAAUUAACUGGUCAAGUGUCGUCACGAUUUGAGAUAGAUGUUGCAACCUGGCGCCAUCGAUACAACUGCUACAAAGAUUAUAUGUCUAACACAAGUGGUGACUAAAGAUGAGCUUAAAGACGAUGAAAACUAUGAAGAUAUAUUGGAAGAUAUAAAAGCAGAAUGUGUAAAAUUCGGUAGUUUAGUGAAUGUAGUCAUUCCACGCCCAAAUCGUGACGGGGAACCAACACCACCAGGGGUUGGUAAGGUUUUCUUGGAGUAUAUGGACACAGAAAAUGCAACGAAAGCUCGGGCAGAGUUAAAUGGAAGGAAAUUUGGUGGGAACCAAGUGGUGGCCAUAUUUUACCCGGAAAAUAAGUUCAACCAUGGAGAGUAUGAUGAAUAGGUUUUAUUUGUAUUACUUCUAGAACAAUAAAUUUACUUUAUAUAUACAUAAACUAAUAUCUAUCAUAAAUGUUUAUAUUCUCGUUCGCAUUGUUGGUGAUUUUAGUGUCAUCAAGUCAUUUUAGUGUAAUGAAUUUUUUACAGAUUACUAAUGGGGUUCAAAUCUUGA